ACUGUGUGGUGUGUUUUUAUUCAUUUCGCUUCUCUUCCUUGCAUGUUUGUGUAAUAUUACUUGCUGUGCCUUCUGGAAAAUCAGGGCAGGGCGAACUUCAGCAGUUCGGGGCACUCUAUCGAGACAGUUCCAUGCUGAGGGCGAGCAUCUCCUAUUUUUUCACAAAAGUGUAGAUCUACGUGUAGAAUUUGGAAACGAAGGCACUCCACGGUCAUAAAAGGCUGGCCGGUGAAACGCGUGAGGGUAGUGUAGGCAGCUGGACUGCAUGGAUAACUCGGCCGGCCGUAUCCGGUCAAAUCGCUAAGGACUUGCCUCAUGCCGGUAACUCUGAACCUGCCUGAACUUUGAGCGUGCUGAAGAGGGAGCCGAGUAUGGACGGCAAUCGCUUGUGUUGAGUUUCUCCUUGCCUUUCUCGAACCCUCAGCUGAGCUGCCUGCUGUAUCUACAGUUUCUGAAGCCGUGAAGGGUUCGACAGUGGCUCAUCACUGUACGUGUACGUGAUUAUCAAGUGAGCAGGCGCAUGCACAGUACACCGACUCAGUGAAUAGAGGCUGACCGGAACGUGUUGUCGAAUACUUGUGCGGUUCCACUGUCCAGUGAGCGGUCUUGCCAUCCACAAUUGGCACAAAACUGGCCGUUAGCUAUCAUUCGGCCACCAUGAUGAGAGCAACGGGAAUUCGAUGACCGGCUUACUACAUAAGUACAUUACACCGGACAAUGGCAAGUGCAAAGACUAUCUGCGAGUGCCUGGUAAUCGCACUGCUCGCCGGAGUUCACCUUGCACGCACGACACACUUUCGCGGCGGUCUCAUAUCCUGCCAUCCUGUGCUGGACAAUACUGACGGUGGCGUGGACAGCUCUGGCAGUGUACACCUUGAAUGCCAGUUUCGCAUAGGGUGGCGUUUGGAUUACUCUGCGGGAACAGUGUGCAACUCGACGUUACGGGCAAAUCAGGAGCUGUUGAAUGGACCGGGAUCUAAGUUCAGGCUAAGGUGCUAUUCCGGCUGUACAAGGCGUCCCACUGUUGACUAUCUGAAGUUUUACUGCACGGAGUUCAGUGACUCGGAGCUCUGGACGCAGGGAGCCAAUACAUUCCGGUACACUCUCUCCGGCUCUAACCAGAUUUUCACUGCUGCAAUGAGAACGUGUUGCUGGAUAGAUCUUGUGAUUGGCAAGGGCAAGGACUUCAAAUGGGGCAUCACCAUGAACAUCACAAAGCGGACCGACACUGGACGUGUCAACAGCAGCCCAACAUCUGCGCAGCUGCCGCUGGUUCGUUUGCAGUACGGAUGCCCGCACAAUAUCUCAGUGCACACGGAGGAUCCGGAUGGUGAUCUGGUGCGCUGCCGCUGGGCACAAUCUUCGGCUGCAAACGGAGUGGAUGAAUGCGGAGAUGUCUGCAAUGCCGUGCCUAGUGCAAGUCUGUUGAAUAAUCCAUGCGUUCUACAAUUGCCUGGAAAUCUGUCAGUGGGAUAUCAUGUCGUGGCACUAACACUGGAAGACUUUCCUCCAGCAAACCCCAAUGCACAGGCCUUCAGCCAAGUUCCAUUGCAGUUUUUGAUAGACAUCUUCAACUCCAGCGUGCCGUGCAACGUCCACCCGACUUUCGUCUCACCAACGCCGGAGCACAACACGUGCUUUGCCAUAAAGAAGAACGAGAGUUACAACACGUUGCUGAGAGUGCAACAUGCAAGCAUGCAUACCAACAUCACGAGUAUUAGCCUGACGGCACCAGUUGGCAUGACUCGCAGCUCACUGCUACUGCACACUGAUACCAGCCAGCUAUACACUAGCAUGAACGUCAGCUGGACACCAGGAGCUACACAAUAUGGCCAGCAUGUCUUCUGCUUCUUAGCAACUGAUAGCACACAGCAAACUACUAGCUCGCGCUGUAUCACACUUCUUGCCGGAGCUUCGCCACCAGAGACGGUUGCUGGUACGAUGCUACCAAGCACGCUGGGAAAUCACACGGCUCCUCACUUGUUUGCAACAUUUACUGUAAACUUUGAUCAGAUGAUAUUCAAACCCACAAGUUUUGCCAAGAUCCGUGUGUCCCAGGUGAAUGGUAGCAUGUCAGCAGAAGUCUACUCGCUGACGGUGGCAACCUCUCCCGAUGUAACACUCAGACAACACCCUGACGCCAAUGGCCACUAUCAGCUCAGGUUUAUGGUGCGCAAGCGCUUGACAAUCGGUGCACGCUACGCAGUCACGUUUGAUCACGGUGCCGUGGUAGGCGUGCAGAGCUGCACUGGAGGCGGUGUGCCAUUCCAGGGGAUUUCUGAGCCUUCGCCCUGGCAGUUUGUGGCCGAUCAUACCGUUGGCAACAUUUCCGAUUGCUCUACGACGCUGUCACAGUUCUUGGCAUACGGUGAAAUUCGAAAGGAUUGGCAGUUGGACCUUGGUGAUGGAAGCACAUGCUUGACUUCUAAUAUAUCAGAAAGUGCGAAUGAAUUACCUAUGUGGGGUUCGCAGCACAGCACGCUGACGAUCUGUGAGAAUGGACUGAUCAUGCUGGAUCAAGACCAACCCAUCCACCAUCCCCAGCUAUUCCCAGGAAACUGGACCACGCAGCCAACAAUUCUGGCACCCUACUGGUGCUUGGCUGACAACUCGUACUCCAAGAAUCUUCCAGACGGUCUGAGAUCUCACGUCUGGUAUCAUUUCUACGACAGGCAGGUUUCCUCGGAGAAGGCAAUGCUGGAGGAAGUAGAGAGCUUGAUCAUUGCCAGGGAGAGGAGUAAAGAUGGGGCCUUCUAUUUCACUGCAACGUGGGCAGCAGUGGUGACGUGGGAACGAAUCACACCCUACCCAAGCAUCUAUCAGUACCAACUACACAAUACAUUCCAAGCAAUACUAGCUUCGGAUGGAGUUCGAUCGUUUGCCGUGUACAGCUUUGACUCCAACUCAAUACAGUGGUCUGUGCCCGCUGUUCAUGAUGUAAACUCCGAGUUUGGGCAUGCCGUGAGCGGCUUCACGAGCCAAGGCCACCACUACACCGACAAGCGAUCGGGCACACCGCAGAUUUCAAGUAUCGACGAUGGGCAACCAGCGCCUGGGCAAGAGUGCGUCUCCGGGACGAUGAUGGUAUACAAGCUCUUCACACAGUCCACUGUCGACGGGCCAAGAGCUAGAUGCCUUGAGUGGUAUGCCAUGCAGCCGCACGCCAAUACUUGGAUGCAGCACUUCAGUCCCUGUCCCUGCACACUUUCCCAAGCUCAAGCUGACUCUCGCUUUCAAGUCAUCAGAAGUCUAGCACCGAGGCUGUGUUUUCAGAACGCUGUCCCGUCCAUCACGGGCUCCUCUCAGGAGUGCUGUUACCGAACGCAGGAACCAGGUCGCGGGGCGUUUCUGAACGGCCCGCCGGACGGUGGCAACUCGGUACGCUUCUCCUGGCUAAGCUAUAGCCCAAGUACAGUCCGCUCCGAGGAGACACUGCCUUACCAAUGGUGCUGUAAGGACUCAGCACUUUGUCAUCUGUUUUGGGAGAAACGGCCGAGCAAAUCCUGCCAAGGAUAUGUGCAACCCUCUUUUGGCGUGAUAGCGGGCCCUCUAGUGAAGACCGUGACCGGACACCAGCUUCUGCUUGAUGGCAACACUACAGAAGCCUACACGCUGCUAGCUGUAAUGCCCACGUUCUACUCUGAGGCGGUCUUCUCCACGGGUUCCGGUAUGGGGGACUUGGCUCGCGUACUGGAACUUGGCGUGCGCGGCAAUGGAAGCGACACGGUCGAGGUCAAAAUAUCUGCAGAAGGAUCCCUGGUAUUUGCUAUCAAUGGAGCACCGCUCACGGACAAAGUGCUGAUGGUGUUCACCGACGAAGAUGUCAACAUCACUGUCGAGUGUUUACAAUGGGAGCGACAGUGUCAUCAUAUCAAUGCCUCGGCAAAACCAACCGUGCCAUCGUCAGAGCCCGUAGUUGGUAUCAGUGUCCACGAUGGGCUCAGUGUUGUGGUGCUGAACCGCACGCAUGCCAGUGUAGUACUGGAUACUGGUGUGGUGCUCGACCUUACUUUGGUCACAGAACUAGACACGAUAGCAGUAACUGUAAGCAUCCCUGCCGCCUUAGCCAAUGUAUCAACUGGGCUUCUGUCCGGUGAUGACUCGCAGCUGCAAACAUUGCCUCCAUCAAGUCAGCACAUCGCCAUUUUGCCCGACUACUUGAGCAAAUGGCAAAUGAACUGCUCCAGUCUAAGCACUGUUCUGGAUCCUAGCUGCUUAGAUGAGCCCUCUACUCAAACACCACCAGCAACUGCAACACUAGCACCUCAACAACCACAGUAUCGUGAUAACUCAUCUCUGCCGAGUGCAGAUUACAAGGAUGUGUGCGGCAAUGACUCGAGGUGUCUGGAUUUGGCGCUGACUAUUGGGGAUGUGAACAAGACGGCUGCCAUUGUCAAGGUCCUAGCAGAUCAAGAGGAUAGAGCGAUGAACCUAGGACGCCAGCCAGUGCAGGUGGUGUCCACCUCGCCGACAUUCCAGUCCGCAGCGGAGUCACCGGUAGUCAGGGUAGAUCUCAGCAACAUAACCGAUCCUAACCCCCUAUCUCGGCAGAGCUUUGAAAUCAUCCCGCUGCCAACAUCGACUUUCAGUAUACUUCCUGGCGGUGACUCAGACACGUUCUGGGUGACUUUGAAUCGCAACGUGCCGGCUACAGACCUGCAGUUGGCGAUCACAUCUGAUUCGAACGUAACUGUGUUGAUACGCCCGACGAUUUUCAUCUGUGACUGCAGUAACAACGCCACAUGCAGCGAGACGCAGUUCUCCCCGCUCAGCUCUGAUCGAACGCGCAUCCAUGCUUGUGAGUGUCCGCCGGCAUAUGAUGGCAAGUAUUGCGAGUUGGACCGUGACGGAUGUGAGGCGGCGUUUCAGCCCUGUGCAAGCGGUGUGGUCUGUGUGGACAAACCUGCUCCGAGCACCGGAUAUCAGUGUGAUCCAUGCCCGACUGGAUUCUCGGGAGAUGGAGAGAACUGUUUUGAUAUUGACGAGUGCAAGGAGGCGUCGGGCCAAGCUCACUGUCAACAGCUGUGUGUCAAUACUCAGAAAGGCUUCAAGUGUGACUGCAGUGCUGGAUACAUGCUGGCAAGCAAUGGUUCAUCGUGCAUAGAUGUAAAUGAGUGCCAGCAGCACAGUCAUAGCUGCAAUCAAUCCUGUGUGAACAAUGCCGGAUCAUACACGUGUGGAUGCUACACUGGAUAUAUACUCAAUACCACGGAUGGUGUUUGCACCGCUUUGGCCCACUGUUCUGCUGACAAUACUUGCCAGCAGUUGUGCACGUAUGACUCGUCAUCAGCCAGUUCAGUAUGCUCAUGUCUCAGCGGCUAUCAAGUCAACCAGUCCUCGCCAAACCUAUGUCAGGAUAUUGAUGAGUGUAGCAGUGCAACUCAACCCUGUAGCCAGAACUGCAUCAACAGCAAUGGAUCAUUCGUGUGCCAGUGUACGACUGGAUAUCAGCUCUCACCAGACAAGCAUACAUGUGAAGACAUCAAUGAAUGCCUGGUUAUUACGUCGUGCCCCGGUGACACAGUCUGUUACAACAACGUGGGUUCCUUCAGCUGCCAGUGUCGCACAGGUUACACAUUCAACAGCACCAGUGUAGCAUGCCAAGCAAUUUCCUGCGGUGAGCCAAAUCGUCCUCAGAAUGGCUCCUUCCUUGGCAGUGCAUUCACUUACGGUGCAAAAGUAGUGUAUGGAUGCGAUGCUGGGUAUCGCUUGCUGGGGUCACUGUCAACUCAGUGCACUUCAGAUGGUAACUGGUCCCUACCAGCUCCCGCCUGCCACGUGGUCUCAUGUCCAGCAGUGCCAAUGCUCGGCCCACACUCCCAGUUUGGCGCCGGACAGCCUGUCGCCGUGACGUACUCUAGUGUAGCGCAGGUGCUGUGCGAUGAGGGAUACUCCACCCAGGGCCAUGCUAGUGUGCGCUGCUUGGCCAGUGGUGCGUGGACAAGCCCACCAACAUGCAGUGUUAUGCAUUGUCCAGUGCUCACACUGGCAAACACAACACUCUCCAGUCAGAGCACGGCAUUCUCCAGUACGGUGAACAUCACGUGCCUGCCAGGAUUUCGACGAGUGAGUGGAAAUCACUUGCUGAACUGCUUGGCAAAUGGCAGCUGGAGUGGCGAAUCGCUGCAAUGUCAAAACUGCAGCUGUGACAGUGCCGGUAGCCACCUUGACAGAGACUGCCAUCCAAACACAGGCCAGUGCCGAUGCAAGGCUCUUGCAGUGGGACUACAGUGCGACAGCUGUGCACCCGGAGCGUACUUCUUGACCAGCGCGGGAUGCCGGCCGUGCAAUUGCAGCGGACGUUCAUCUGUGUGCCGAGCAGCAGAGCCUGUGGAUGCAGCUUCUGGGCCGCAACCGAACUGUACAUGCCCUGAUGGUUAUAGUGGGUUACAGUGUGAGCACUGCGCUAGCGGGUACACGACAAGCAGCAGCGAGGGAGGACAACACGAGUGCAAGCCGUGCCAGUGCAACACACACUCGGCUCUCUGUGACGCUGUGACCGGCACGUGUAUCAACUGUGCCCAUGACACUGCGGGGCCGAACUGUGAGAGCUGUUCGAACGGAUUCUUUGGUGAUGCUCGCACACUGCAUGGCUGCACGGCAUGCCAGUGUAACGAGAGUGGAAGCAGUGACAAGAUCUGUGACCCGGUCAGCGGUGAGUGCCAAUGUAUGCUCAAUGUCACCGGUACCAGCUGUAACCAGUGUGCACCGUUGUUCUACAAUUUCCCCUCGUGCACACCGUGUGAUUGCAAUGUGGAGGGAAGCACCAGUGCUGUGUGCAAUACUCUCAGUGGCCAGUGUCCAUGUGCGCCGAGCGUUGACGGCCGAAAGUGUGACCAAUGCAAGCCAGGGCAUUAUGGACGUCCGCCGUGCGCUGCCUGCCGUUGCAAUUCAAAAGGCACCGUUGCCGGUAGCAACUGUCACCGUGACACCGGAGAUUGUACAUGCAUUGGCAACGUGAUUGGCCCGCAGUGCGAUACAUGCAAGGCUGGUUACUACGGACUGGAGAUGGGUAGUGGUGGGUGUCUUCCCUGCAGCUGCCAUGCUUUGGGCAGUGCCAGUACUACAUGCACCCCUGCACUGGGCUACUGCUCCUGCAAACCCGGAGUAGUAGGGAGGCUCUGCGACCGCUGCGGAGAGUACCGCUUCGGUUUCCCCACGUGUGGACUGUGUGGUUGCGACGGUGCAGGUGCUGUGCUGGGAGUGAACUGUGCUCCGACCACGGGACAAUGUUUGUGUAAGUCAGGCGUGACCGGCAGGACAUGUGAUGGCUGCUUAGAUGAUCAUUUCGGCUCUCCACCGUCAUGCCAACCGUGCGACUGUGAUGAGCGUGGAGCUGUGCCCGGAAGCGCCUGUGACAAGGACACGGGACUUUGCCGCUGCCUGUCAUCGUCCAAUGGUACUCGCUGCGAGCAGUGUGCCAGUGGCUACUACAGACUUAACAGCACUCUUCCCUGUGAGCGUUGCGACUGUGAUUCUUACGGAACCAAUGCGGGUACGGUGUGCGAGAGCAACACAGGGAAAUGCCAGUGUGUGUCCUCUGCUAUGGGCGCUGACUGCAGCGUCUGCUCAGCCGGCUUCCAUCGGCUCAAUGCCAGCAUACCCUGUGCACCGUGCAACUGUAGUGCCGCAGGAACUCUGGCCACCGGCGCGUGCCACGCAACCUCGGGACAGUGCCAGUGCCAGAGCGGUGUGACGGGCCACCAGUGUCACCGAUGUGUUGAUUUCCACUACGGAUUCGGACGAGGCGGUGACAGCAGCAACUGCACUCUGUGUCCGUGCUAUCUGCCCGGAACUGCGGCAUGCCUGGAUCGCACAACUGACUACGAGUGCCUAUGCAAACCUGAGUCUAGAGGAGCAGCGUGCCAAGAGUGUCGACGUGGCUACUACGUGGCUGAUUCUCUAUUUGACACGUGCUACAACACAACGGGAACAUACUGCCAUGCCUGCUGUUGCAAGCGUAUUAACACCGUGGACAAUGCGGACGUAUGCGACGAGUUUGGUGCGUGCUCGUGCAAAGAGGGAGCGACUGGCAGCAAGUGUGAGGCUUGCCUAGAAGGCUACAAUCUGAACCCACAAACUGGAUGUGAACCCAUUGUAAUCGAGCAACAAACAACGCCGACAGAGACACCGUAUUACAUACCCAUAGUCAUAGCACUUGUGCUGCUCCUGGUUCUGGCUAUAGUGAUCAUUUUCUUGCGAGAUCGGAAGAACAGACGCAGAAAGGCCAUGAUAGUCUCGCCGGAUGAUGACCUGCACAGCGAAACCUCGUCCGUGGAUUUGAGCAUGCGAGAGCAGCUCAUCGCCCGGGAGAGCAGCGGCACAGCCACACGCCGCCAGACAAUGGAACUGUUUCAGAUUCACACUCGGGAGGCGUCAAUGCUUGGCGUCGACAAUGGCGGUGCACCAGGUGGUUCCCCUGCUGCAGUGCCAGCGCGACCUGACACGCCGCCACCGAAACCCAAGAGUAUGAUUGACACGUUCAGAUCGCCACCUUCUGCCACCAGCUCGUCUGCAAGUGUUCACUCACUCUCCGGCGGCAGACGUCCUGGCGUGGUUCACGCUAAGAGCAACACUCCGCAGCAAGUAUCCAACAAUGCUGCGACUCGGCCUGACAGUUCAAGUGCUCUGUUCAGCCGGCGGACCACGCGAUCUCAUCUAGAUGAUCAGAACGUCGUGAACAACACCAGCACAAUGCAUGAUUGGACGGAAAGGUCAAUAACAGAACACACUCCAGCCAUCGAGUCCCGCGCCGAUGGGGUGCCGCAAGCCGUGGAGAUGCCUUCGACCACCCCCGACCGAAACCACGCUCAAAAUACUGACCCCACAAAGGAAGACAUGGUUAUAGGCGGAGAUGCAGAAGAGCAGUAUAGCAACGCGGAUGUCACCUCAGGUCAAUGCAUCCAACAGAGCAGUGCAGAUGAAACAGACACGGGUCGAAUAACCGCAGAGAAGACAGGUCUCGUUGAUGAAGCAAUAGUUAUACCUACGGAGACACCCAUGCCCACCAAUGGCUCACCUGGAAAGUUCACUAGUGACCAAACAUCACUCUUUGGUGAUGUGCAUCAUCCAACUAGCCCUGUUGUGGAUGCAAGGACAGCACAACAGCAGAGUAGCCCUCAGCCAGGCGAUGUUCUGCCGUAUAGCCCUCAGCCAGGUGACACUCUGCCAUAUAGCCCUCAGCCAGGUGAUGUUUUGCCAUACAACCCUCAGCCAGGCGAUGAUCUUCAGUAUAGCCCUCAGCCAGGCGAUGCUCUUCUGACCAUGCCGCUGCCAGGUGGUGUAGAUGACAUGUUAGAUGCUGCAUCACCCCGUCAGGAGGUCCACAGCCCGCAUGCUGCAAGUGCUGCUGAAGCAGCUGCAGAGUUUCCGGACGUGCCGAGGCGGAAAAAGAGCUCAUUGCCCCCUAUCCAUCCGGACAGGCUGUCGAAAAAGCGCCGAAGACCGCGAGCGUCCCGGGGUCAGCAGAGCAGUGAGAUGGAGACGCCUCUACUGUAGGGGACCUCUGGAAACUGACGUUGCACUCUAUAUAACUGUUACUUGUGGUUCAUUAAAGGUACGUCGCCGGUACACACCUCACCUGAAGUUUGGAGUGACUUUCCUGGUCAUAUCUGCCCGAGUAUGUGUGCUGUACAUACCCCCAUAUGCAGGACACACGGCUGCAUGACUUUUCUGGCAAGUGCCAUAAGAAUGUGAGCCGUGCGGAGUACGAUAUGCGUCCGGAGUUUUCGUUUGCCGCCCACAGCCACAGCUAGCAUUCGGACUGCAUUAGCUAAGCUUGGGAUCGGCGCCGACGAGAAGGCUUCAACGGUGCUCAACUGCCCAAGCCCUUGUGGCUCGGAGUAUCUUGGACAUGCAAAUAUGCAGUGCACAUUCCACUGCUUCAGAUCACCAUUAUGGCCAAGUGCUCUAAAGAGGUGGGCUGGCGAUGCUUGAACAGAACACCAUGCAUGAACACAAUCUCUGGCUGAACACUCAAAGCCAUACCAAGUGUGUCAUGCUUCCCGACUAACUUCAUGAUCGGGAGGUGUUACUUGUUGUAGGAUGCAGGGAGACGUCACAGGCGCGAGUGACGAUGCCAAUGUGGGUUUCGCUCCCGUGCUGCCCGGUCCAGUCACCCUGAGAGGCAGAGCUGAUGUAUGCACGCUAUAAUAAUACAUCCCUGAUCUGGCUGACCAUCCCGCAGGUCACGGCGGCGGCCAUGAUUGUGAGAACUUGUGACAGCAUGUGGCAGAGAACACGAAUCACAUCACAUAAAACUUUUAAAAGAACUCUGUGGUCGAAGCACACAUCGUUGAGACCCCAUACAGUAGAGUCGCGCGCCCAAGAACGUUGUUUCCAAGGGGUUAGCCUGGGACGUUCUUAUUUUUCAGCAAUCUGGCUGCGUUCUUAUAGCACGUUCUUAGGAACAAUCCAUACUGGAUCAUUAUGUACCCCACAAGCUGCCAGAAAACCAACACCGCAGUUCUCAGCUUUAGGCUGUGGCGUUCUUGGGCUCCACGUUCUUCAGCGCGCGACUCUACUGUACUCUCAUGCAAUGUCCCUUGAUGCUAGAACACUCUGUUGGACACCUUGUUGAUGACGGAUAACUUAUGGUCAACUGCUAGUUUCUAAUAGCCCUUUUCACAACUCACAUAAUUUAUGUAUAGGUCUAUACGGCUUGCCAACUAUCAGGCCUUCAUUCCACAUGACCGUACUUCCAUGAAAGUAUUUAUUUCACGACGUACCAA